GCAGGCGCACAGGGCACGGAGGGACCCGGCCGCGUGAGGGGAGCGGGAACGCCAAGAUGAGCCCCAGCAGGAGCCCGGACACGUCGCUGCUGGAGCUGGCCGUGAGGAUGAGGAAGCAGGCCGAGGCCAGGAAGGUGGUGCUGGCCUGGGGGCUGCUCAACAUCUCCAUGGCGGGGCUGAUCUACACGGAAAUGACCGGGAAGCUGCUGAGCACGUACUACAACCUGAGCUGCUUCGCGCUGUGGUACAUCGAGUUUGCCCUCGCCUCCCUGUUCAGCCUCAACGCCCUCUUUGACUUCUGGAGGUACUUCAAGUACUCAGCGGCACCGGCCGGCCUGGGCACCCCCAGCCUGGGCACCCCCAGCCUGGGCACCCCCAGCCUGGGCACCCCCAGCCUGGGCACCCCCAACCUGGGCACCCCCAGCCAGCAGGUGCUGGGCUGGCUGCGCAGGGCAGCCGUGCAGGUGACCCCUCCCCGCGAGCCGGCAGCCAAGAGGGUGCUGUCGCUGGGGCCGUCCCCGCCGAGCCAGGGCCAGUGCGUGCUGAGCUACAGCCCGUCCCGCUCGCCCGGCGCCAGCCCCAAGUUCCCCUCGGGCUGUGCCAGCGCCUUCGCCCCCCAGCUCCAGGCCCUGCCCGGCCCUGCCCACGGCGCCUCCGGCACCUGCUCCCCCGGCAGCACCUACGGCAAGGUUUCCAGCUUCAGCCACUCUCCCAAUGGAUCCCCCCAUUCCACCGGAGUGCUGGACAGCGGGGGGAUCCGGUCCCACUACCGCUUCUCCCCCAUCCUGUACAACAACAACACCCACAAGGACGACUACAUCACUGAUGUCAAGUCCCUGGACACCUUCCUGAGGAACGAGGAGGAGAAGCAGCACAGAGUGCAGCUGGGGAGUUCAGACUCCAGCUCCCCUUCCAACAGCCCAACCUUCUGGAAUUACAGCCGGUCCAUGGCAGACCAUGCCCAGAUCCUGAGGAAGUUCCAGUACCAGCUGGCCUGCAGGUCCCAGGCGCCCUCAGCACACAAGGAUGAGGCAGAUCUGAGCUCCAAACAGGCAGCAGAGGAGGUCUGGGCGCGGGUGACGAUGAACAGGCAGCUCCUGGAUCACAUGGAUUCCUGGACAGCCAAGUUCAGGAAUUGGAUCAACGACACGAUCCUGGUGCCGCUGGUGGAGGAGAUGGAGUCGGUGAGCACCCAGCUGAGGAGGAUGGGCUGUCCCGAGCUGCACAUCGGAGAGGCCAGCAUCAGCAGCCUGAAGCAGGCGGCCCUGGUGAAGGCUCCUCUCAUCCCAACCCUGAACGCCCUGGUGCAGUACCUGGAUCUCACCCCAAACCAGGAAUACCUGGUGGAAAGGAUCAGAGAGCUGUCCCAGGGGGGCUGCAUGAGCUCCUUCCGCUGGAACGCCGGGGGGGACUUCAAGGGCCGCAAGUGGGACACGGACCUGCCCACGGACUCGGCGAUCCUCAUGCACGUGUUCUGCACCUACCUGGACUCCCGGCUCCCGCCCCACCCCAAGUACCCCGACGGCAAAACCUUCACUUCCCAGCACUUCAUCCAGAGCCCGGACAAACCAGACACCUCCAACGAGAACCUGUUCUGCAUCUACCAGAGCAGCAUCAACCCCCCCCACUACGAGCUCAUCUACGAGUGCCACGUCUACAGCCUGCCCAAGGGCAGGAACAACAUGUUCCACACCCUGCUCAUGUUCCUCUACAUCAUCAAGAGCAAGGAAUCCGGGAUGCUGGGGCGGGUCAAUCUGGGCCUGUCUGGCGUGAACAUCCUGUGGAUCUUCGGGGACUGAGGGCCCUGCUGGGACCAUCUCCCUGCUGAUUAAACCCGGCUCACUCGAGCUCAGCUUUGCUCCCAGAGGGUCUGUGGUUCCUGCAGGGAUCCAUCCCCUGCCCAGGCACCCCAUGAAACGUUUCCCUGCGAGUGCUCCGGGAAUGAGCUCCAGGCAGGGCUCUCCUUCCUGCUCCUCACCUGAGGGGCCCCUUUAAACUGAGCUUAACUGAGCCAGCCUAAACCUGGGAGGGCUCAGCCAGAGCAGCCUCCCGUGGGUCCCGGGCACACCCAGGGAUGAUCCAACCCAGGGGAGGGCCCAGGGAGCUCCAGGAUCCAGGAAACCCCCUCUGGGCAUGAGGAAAUCCCGGUCAGGGUGUUCAGACCUGGCUUUGCUUCCUUUGAUGCCAAAACCCCCCGAGCUCUGAUCCUGAUUGUUGGUGUGAUGGUGUCUCUGACCCCACAGGGGCUGCUGUCAGUGGAGCAGGAACCAAGAUUGACUCAGCAAAUCACACUUUUUACUCACAUUUGACAGUUUUAUUGUCAUUUUGUUUCAGUGAAUUGUUUAGUCCCAAACAGCAGCUUUGGCCUCCCUGUGGGGCCCCCACACUUCACCUUGGGGUUUGAUUCUCCUGCUCCCCUUUUUUUCACUCAUCACCUCUUUUUUUUUUG